GGAACUGGGAAUUCUCUGAGAAUUCUCCGCCGUUUUCCGAGUGAAAAAGCUUUUCCGGCACGCGAACAUCAAUUAAAUUUGAGUCUAUAUUGUAAAUGCUGAUUACGUGACUUUCGAAGGCGUUUUACAUAUUAAUAAAUCUUUGUAAAACUUUUAUCUUUCAGCUAACAACCUUCAGCGGAGAAAGAAGUUCAACUUAGAGAAAAUAUAAAAAAUAUUGAAGACUUUACAUAAAAUUUAAAUAUUAAAACAAUGAAAUUUCGCCUGUUAUGGGGAAUCCUCUUAGUUGGGGCCUUCUAUUCCCAGCUAGAAUUAGUAGAAGGAGCCAAGAUUCUGGCAGUGUACGCCUUUCCAGGCAAAUCCCAUUUCAUGAUGCACACGGCCUUGAUGAGAGAACUCGUUGAAAGUGGCCAUCAGGUGACCAUGAUCACGGCCUUCUCUCUGCAGAAAGAACAUCUGGGCAGUAAUUAUACGGAAAUCUUGAUCGAACCGGUCUAUGAUUUCUGGCACGAUGUCAAGCUGAACUUUGGAGCCCAACACCUGUUCGAGCUAACACGCAUGACCAACUAUGACUUUCUAAAGAUGCUCGAGAUCAUAGGUCUAAAGACCACGGAACAUGCUCUCAAGCAGCCCAAGGUUCAGGCUCUCAUCCAUGCCAAAAAAAUAGAGGGGGUCUUUGAUCUUCUCUUGGCGGAGCAAUUCUACCAGGAAGCCUUCUUGGCUUUGGCCAAGAUCUACAAGAUACCCGUGGUCACCACGAGCACCUUGGGCUACGAGAAUCACAUGAGCCAGAUGAUGGGUCUGAUCACGCCUUGGUCCUUUGUCCCACAUGGAUUCAUGCCCUUCACGGAUCGCAUGAGUUUCCUGGAGAGAGUGAAGAACUCGUAUGCCUCACUCUACGAGGAUUUGGACAGGCUGCUCAAUUACUUUCCCAAAAUGGAUGCGGUGACAAGGGAAUUCUUUGGCUCCGUCUUAGCUGAGGUGCCAAAAGUCAAGGACAUGGAGCGUCAAAUCUCGGUGAUGCUGCUCAACAGUCACGCACCGCUGACCACGGCACGUCCAACGGUGGAUGCCAUGGUGCCAGUGGGUGGCAUGCAUUUAUAUCCUCCCAAGGCUCUUCCCCAGGACAUGCAGACCUUUUUGGACGGAGCUGGCGAGGCGGGUGCCAUCUACUUCAGUCUGGGCAGCAAUGUUCAGAGCAAGGACAUGCCGCCGGAGAUGAUGCGCCUGUUUCUGCGGGUCUUUGGUUCUCUCCAGCAGCGGGUUCUUUGGAAAUUCGAGGACGAGAGCAUUGGACAGCUGCCUGAAAAUGUGAUGGUGCGCAAGUGGCUGCCCCAGGCGGAUAUUCUGGCCCAUCGCCACGUCAAGGUUUUCAUCACGCACGGCGGCCUCUUCGGCACUCAGGAGGGUGUCCACUAUGCGGUUCCCAUGCUGGGGAUUCCCUUCUACUGUGACCAGCACUUGAACAUGAAUAAGGCCGUUCUGGGCGGUUAUGCCAUCAGUCUGCAUUUCCAGUCCAUCACCGAGGAGAUCCUAAGGCACUCCCUUCUCCAACUCAUCCAUAAUGCCACCUACAAGGAGAACAUUCAGCGAGUGUCAAACAUCUUCAGGGAUAGACAGCAGCCGCCACGACGAACCGCUGUCUACUGGAUCGAGUAUGUCAUCCGGCAUGGAGGAGCUCCGCACAUGCGAUCUGCUGGCCUGGACCUUAACUGGUUCCAGUUCUAUUUGCUGGAUGUUAUUGCCUUUGCUGUAGUCAUUAUAGUUGUUGGAAUCCUGGCCAUUUGGCUGGCCAUUCGACUGUUGAUGGGCAGCGACAAGAAGCACAGGAAAACUAAGAAAAAUUAGUAGAUUUUGAGAUGUUUUUAAUAAAAUUCCAUUAACUAGAAACCCAAAAAGAAAGAAUGCUUACUUCGGAAAGCCGAAUGGGAUAAAAAGACCCAAUUUAUAAU